AUGGGUACCUCAAGCCAAGAAAACAAUAAUGCUGGAAUCACAGCUACUACUCGCCCUGUCAAACGGUAUAUAACAGGCCAUGACCUCACGACUGGCGAAAGUAUUUACAUAAGUGCACCCGAACUAUGCACUGCAGCUGUGCCUGGCUUUGGAAUAGCAUCUCGUUCUUAUGCUACUUUGAAGCUGCUUGCAGAACUGGCGGAUGACCAUGACCUGAAGGCACACCUUUCACUUGACUCUCUCACUAGCUACACCCGGAGUACAGAUUUUCUCGUUCCCUCAUCACAGUUGAACCCCCAAACAGGACAAAACGAGCUGGGAGGAGCAAAUGUGAUAAAUCUCGACAUUGACCCCGAUGCGGUGGGUCAUUGGCAUCGAACGGUGUCUUUGGAUAUCUCUACUUGUGUUAUGGGAGAGGUAUAUCAUGAACUUGAUAGUGGCCAAAAGGUCCUAUUGAAAGCUGGGGAUCACAUCAUUCAGCGGGCAACUAUGCACAGAUGGAUUAACGCUUCCAAGGAGCAUCGUGCUCGGGUGAUUGCAAUUCUUCUUCCCUGCGCCCCUUUCAAAGUCAACGGUCAAUACGUGACAGAGGAGCAUAGGUUUGGAUAA